UCUUUCUUUUACUUCUUUUACAAAACAAGUGAUCAAUCAAAAACAUAAAAUAAACUAAAAAAUUAAUAUUUAUUUUGUUUUAGACCUUUAAAAAAUUUUAUAUUUUAAAUUAUUUUUAUGCUUUACUGUAAGAUUUUUGUGCUUUCAAUUAGGCUAUAGAUGAUCUAAAAUCUAUUUGUUAAUUUUUAAUAGGAACAAAAAUUAUCAAAAAGAAAGAUCAUAAAUAUAUACUAGAAAGAAAGAAACAAACAAAUGAAAUUAAUCAGCUUUGUUUUUCUAUUUUUUCCUUGUUUGUAUUUGAGCUAAAAUAUAAACUAAAUUUUCUCACCUUCACCCUACUAUGUUAGUAGUAUUUAAUCUAUUGAAAAUACAAUCCAGUAGCUUGUUGUUUGUGAUUAACUAGGUUUACUCUUUUUAGCUAAUGGUUAAGAUGGUAUCUCUAUUAUUGAUCAAACUUCCUUUAAGCUUCUACUUUAAGUUAAGGAUAAAGGCGAAGUCGAUUUAUUAUCUGUCACUAGCGAUGGACAAUAUUUAUUUUUCUAAUACUAAGGUUUGAUUUCUAUGUUUUAGUUAAACACUUUUCCAAGUUAUGCUAUCAGCUAUAUUUGCUCUGACAAUUCUAAUUUUGGCUAAAGUAUAAACUCUCUUUUCUUAUUUAACAAUGAUAAAUGGGCAGCUGGUACUUCCAAUAGUAUCUUAGUUGUCUAUGAUGUAUCCUCUAGAAGAUAAAUGAAAAUUAUAGGAUAGAUUGAUGUGUAAAUGGUUCCUUUUUAUAUUGUAAAUGCUAAAAAUUCCUAUUUAUUUUUAGCAAACAUAAACUUAAUUGUUGUUAGAUUUUAACUCUAAUAGAAUAAUAUGCUAAGUCUUGAAAUUGUUUUUACAACUCCUGCAGAUUAUGGGUUUUCUAAUCUUGUUUUAACAAAUGAUUAAUAUAUUUAUGCGAUAGACUCAUGGGGUGGCCUAUAUUUUGGAAAAUUCAUCAACUUAGAUUCUAUAAAAGAUGGCACAACAAUUUCGUAAUUUAACUUUGAUGUUAAAGCUUGGUGGCCGUUAAAUCAAUCUCCUACUUUAAAUGAAAUAAGAGUUACUAAUGAUUAAAAUUUUAUCUUGAUUGGAGCUUAAUAAUUAGGAAUAUUUAUUUUCGACAUCAGCAAAAGAAGUCAAAGUAUAUAUCCUAAUUUAUUUUAGUGGAUAAGAUCAUCUGGUUACUCUUUUUCUAUCAGAUUAUCAAAGGAUGAGGGUUAUUUGUACUAUAUAAAUGGAAUUUAAUUGUAAAUCUAUUAAAAAGUUACUCCAAAUUUAAACAACGAAUAUCCUAAUCUAUUUAACACUAUUCAAGCAAAUUAAACUGUAAUAGGAACAGCCAUCUAUCGUUGGCGCUGUUACAUAACUCAGAAUGAUAAAUUCUUUAUUGGAAGUUUUGAUAAAGAUGGAUUGUUUAUUUUUGAUUUGAAAGGUAAUCCAAAUAAUAUGUAACUUUUAUAAUAGGUAGUACCACAAAACAUCUAUUAUACAGAAUCAGCAAUUAUAGAUGAAGAGAGCGGAUAUAUUAUUACGCCUGGAGAUAAUACAGGAAUCCUACUUUUUGUAUAUUAAAUGAAUUAGAUUUCUUCAAGUUAAUAAUUAUAACCAGUGUUUUCUCUCAAUGGAAAUAAUCCAAAUAUUGUAAUGGAAGGGAUCAGAUAUAAUCACAAUAAAAAAUUAAUAGGAAUCGCAGCCUACACAACUGUUUUUUUAGUUGAUUCUUCAAAUGGUCUUCUAAAUUUAUAAGUCCUUUCUAGUCUUCAAAUAAGCAAUUAAGUUGUAGAGCUUAUCUUUUCAUAAGACAACAAGUUUAUUUUGUGCGCAUCAAGAAAUGAUGGGUUUUUAACUCUUUCAAUAGGAAAUAAAUAUGAAUUAUAGAUUGUUAAGUAUCUAAAAACAAAUGGUGGAUUUUGUAUCAUACAAUCCAAAGAUUUAAAAUAUGCAUUUGUUUGUGAAGGACCUAAAGGCAUAGGUAUAAUCGAUUUGAGUUAUUUGCCAGAAAUAAAAUUCAUAAGUAGAAUUCAGUUAGAUGGAACAACAAUGCAAAUAACACCCUUAUAAUCUGAUAAAUUUUUACUAGUUUCUAGUAAUGUUGUAGGUUUUUUAACAUUAGUAGAUAUUAGAGACCUAAAGAAUUUAAAAAUAAUUUCUAAAUUUAUGAUUGGAGACUAAAAUGGGUUGGCUAGCUGCGUUAAUUAAAAUGAGCAAUUCGCUAUGCUGGUAAAUACAGUGGGUGUAACUAGUAUUCCUAUUAGCAAUUAGAUUUAAGUGCAUACAGAAAUAUUUUUGGUCUAGGGAUAAUAAACAAAUUAAAUUUCUUACUUAAAACAGUAAUAUAACUAAACGUUUUUGAUAGGUUAGACUUUUUAACUUUAAUUUUAUCAAAUAUAUCCUAAGAAUGGUGCAAAAUUGACCAAUGUCUUCUAUUAUUAAAAUUAUGAAAUAGUCGUUAUGCCUUUUUGGAUAAGUUUUAACUCCUAAUUAGCUACUGUUAAUAUCUAAGCUGUAAAAGAUGCUCUUGGUAACGAUGUUACAAUUCCCUAAUAAAAUACAAUCAUUUUAUAAUACUAAACUCCAAUUACAAGCAGUUCCUUUUCUACAUAAACAUAAGAUGACAAUAUUUAGAUUUCUUCAGAUAUGAGCUUAAAAAUUUAUAAACAGCUGCGUGUGAUGGGUAUCAUAAAUUAUCAAAACUUUUUGGUGACAAGUAAUUUUGAUAGCAAUUAAGAUUUUAGAUUUUAAGAUAACACCAUGAAUGAUAAUUAGGCUAUUUUAGACAAAGUAAAGAGAAUACUAAAAUAAUCAGUGUGCUAUAAUCCUAUUUUAUUUAAUGUUGCUAAUUCUUUGAGGUUCUUUAAAACUCCUUAAGAAGUUCCAGAAUACUCAUAAUAAAAUUAGAAUGUAUAAAAGUAGAAAUAUUUUGUAUUUUCUAUUUAAAACUAUAUUCAAAUCUAUUUUGAAGUAGCAAAAGAAUACGGUUAAUUUGUAGAUAUAUACUACGAAGGAGUUAUAGCUUAAAUAUCUAAUUUUUAAACUAGAUUAAAGCUAGAAGGAGAUGUCAAAAACUUAAAUAACGCUCUUUAGAAUCGCAUUUUAUUUUUUAAAUAAAACAAUAAUGUAAAAGAUGAUCAGAUAGAGUUUUAGGUAACAAUAAGUGAUGGUGUAAAUUACGAUAUCCAAACCUCAUUUUUACUAAGUGAGGCUUAAUCGUUUAUUGUUCUAAAAUAACCUAUAAAAUUGAACUAAAAUAAUACUUUGCAAUAGUAAUUUAAUUAAAUGUAUCAAUAUGGAAAUGUUGGAAUUUCUGAUAAUUUAGCAUUUGAAUUUAGUUAAGAUACAUUUAUUAAUCCUGAUACUAAUAUAAUUAAAUAUUCUGCAAAAUUUAAAUGUGGAGAUGAUUAUUGUGAUUCAAUUUCUGGAGCUUGGAUUUAGCAAUCAAGCAACUCUCUAAGAUUUUUUGGCAGUGUUCCAGUGGGUGAGUACAGAUAAGUAAUCAUUAUAAAAAUAGAAGCAACAGAUGGCUAUACUUCUGUAUCUGAUACAUUCAAAAUCUAUGUCUACAAUAUUCCUUUUGAAUUUGUUCUAAGCUUGCUCAUUAAAGUAUUCGGACCUAUUUUGACUAUUUUUGGUUUGUAUAAAUAUCGCAGUUACUUCUUUAACUUUAUACUGAAUAAGAAUAACCUAUAUUCAAGAGAAAAAGUAGAAGUUCUUCAAUAGUAUUACAAAAAAAUUACCAUAAUGUCUGAUGAAAAUAUUAAGGCUAUUCUUUUUUACAAAGAAUUAUUUAAAAAAAUUAAUUCAGAUAAAAAACUUAAAGAAAGAAUAUAAGAUAAUUUGUUAAAUUAAAUGGAUUUAAACUCAGAAAAUUCAUAAUAAAAAGCUUAAUAGCAGAAAAAUAUAACUUCAUAAAUUUAAGAAAGUAUCUUAAAUGGCUAAUCAAAAGAAGAUUUAUUCAAAGAGGAUUCUAUUAGCUCAAUAUUCACAUAAAAUCACUUAUAGAAAGAUGGAGAAAACGAACCUAAUUCUAUCUAAAAAAUAUUACUUUUAAAGGAUUAAAAAAUCAUUUAAAUCCUAAAAAGCAUCAAAAAAAUUAUAUUAAAUCACAAAGCCAAAGAAGAUAAAACUAUAAUCUAGAAAAAUUUAGUAAAACAGACAGAUCUAGAAUAACAAAGUUCAAUUUCAAAAAAUUAAAAAAGUUAAAACAGAAAACAAUAAAAAUAAAUUUUUAUUUAAAGUAAUUUUAUAAAUUAAAAUUUUAUUAAUGAACAAGGAUAAAUAAAAAUGAAAUUUAUUAUUAAACUGAUGAUUGAUAUGGAUAUUACUAUAAAACAUUUAAAUAAGGUUAUUUCUAUAAAGUCUGUAAUACCUGAAUUAGUUGAUUCUAGUUCAAGAUUAUAUCAAUGCCUCAAAGGUCUGUUUUCAAGAGCUUUAAUAAAGAACCAUCCUCUACUUGACAAAAUUUAUUAAUUCCUUAAGCAAUCUGCUAUAAUCGAAACAUAAUUUAGUUAAGAAGUAAAAAAUGGCUGGUAUCUCAAGUAUUUAAAAACUGUACCUGAAGAACAUGAAAACGAUUAAAAACUUCUUAGCUUUCCUAGCAUUCAAAUUUAAACUGAAAAUAUAAAAUCUUAAAUCAAAUUGAUGAAAAAGCUGCUUUAAAAUUUUUCUAAAUUGGAAAAAAAUUAGCUCUAAGUUUUGAAUUAGAAUACAUUUCCAUAUAGAUUAAUUUUUAAUGUUUUAAUCGCAGAUUGUUAUGGAAUUGCUGAAUCAGCACCUUCUAUUUUUAACCCAAGUUUAGGAGAAUCAAUACAUUAGAACUUUUUUGACAUUCAUUCAGUUCAAGCUUUUAAAAAAGUUGAGAAUCUUUAAUGCUCGCUCAUAAGAAGAUUUUUUAAUUUGGAUGUUAUGAACUAUGGAUCUUCUGUGAACCAACAACUUCCAUCUUGGAUGAAAUUUACUCUAAAGUCUAAUGCUAUACUUUUAUAUGGAACUCCAAAAUUACAAGAUGUAGAGACCUUUAUCAUUAGAAUUUACGAUAACACCAAUUUUAUCAUAAGAUAAUUUGAGGUAGAAAUAUCAAAACCAAUUGAACCUUUUCCUAAAACAUUGUGUAAACUAGAAAAUCUAGAUGAAUAAGAAGAAUUUACUUCUGAAAAGAAGAGAGUUUUGCAUGACGUAUUAUACUUAACUGAAUAAAAAUCAGAAAUAUAAAGAAGUUAAAGAACUAUUUAAAAUCAAGUAUCAUCUUUUAGUUCUAUGAACAUAGAGAACACUCCGUAAUCAAAUGUAUUAGUAUAAGCAGGAUACUACUAUGAAAAUAUUACUUCAAAAGUUAAUUUAAAAGAUCAUCAAGAUUCACCUAUUAUAAAUUUAAUUAAAACUAAUGAGUUUUAACUAAAAUAAAAAUGAUAUUAAAAAUAUAAAACCAAAGAGCAUAUAAAAACAAACAAACAUUAAAUCAAAGGAAAAAAAAUAAUUAUGGUC